GGGCGUGGUCUAGCGUCAACACAAUCGGUCACAACAAGCACAUGGAAAAAUGGAAAUGCAGAGUGAGUUUAAAGGAAGAAAAGGUCUAAAGAUGAAUCAGUGGAGUGAGGAGCGUAUGAAAGCUGCAAUAGAGGAGUAUAAAGCGCAGGCUGAGUCUGGGCAGAAGCCUGCGCUACGAUUGCUGGCAAGGAAGUGGAACGUGCCGAAAACGACCCUUCAGAGACGCGUGAAAGGACUCGUCGAGGGAUCCGAGCAUGCAUCUGGAAGAAAGCCAUUCAUCCCUGUUGAAUCUGAGCGGGAGUUAGCGCGCCUUCUCACCUUGCUUUCAGAGAGAGGCUUCUCGUUGAGGAAGACUGAUGUUCAGUCGCUUGCUUUUGAGUUUGCCAAGAUAAAUGGCAUCCGAGGGUUUUCAGAAGAGAAGCAAAAGGCAGGCUAUUACUGGUUCGAGGGCUUUAUGAAGCGAAACCCCGGGCUGAAAAUAAAGAAACCUGAGACCACAUCACCAGCUACAAGGUUGAAUGAAGAAGAGCUGGGAAAAUGGUUCACAACUUACAAAAUCACCCUGGAUGCUUUGGGAAUUAAAGACACCCCUUCACAUAUUUGGAAGUGUGAUGUAUCAGCAAUACAAGACAAGUUCUCCUCUCAACAAUAUGUUGGGGAAGGAGAAGAUCCCUGCAUUCAGAUCACAUCCGAGGAGGAAACAGCCUUAACUAUACUAGCAGUAUUCAAUGCCAGUGGUGCAUUUGCUCCUCCGCUUAUCAUUUUUAAAGGGUUUAAGGUGAGAAAUGAGUGCAUGAAUGAAAACAUGCGCAUGAGAGCAUCAGAUGAUGGCUGGAUAACAGCAGAGCUGUUCCUUGAGUGGGGGGAAAUGUUUGUGGCACAGCUCCCGAAAGAUGACGCCAGGCCCCACCUUCUGCUCCUCGAUGGCCAAAGCAGCCACGUCUUCAACCUCAGCUUCCUCAAUCUCAUGAAGCAGAACCACGUGGAGGUCAUAUGCUAUCCUGCACCGCAGCCGGCCAGCACGGCUCUGUGUAGGAGCUUCAAACACAGCUGGUGUGAAGCGAGUCUCAGCUGGAAUCAGCAGUGUGCAGGAAAGAAGUUGGCCAAAGCACAUUAUUGUUCUGUUUUCAUGGACGCGUGGAAGAAAACUGCCACUGUGGAAAGAGCCAAGGAUGUGUUCAGAACAACGGGGAUGUUCCCGAUAAAUGAGUUUACGUCCAUCGGGCAUGAAAGCACCACGCUAUCCGCCAAAGACGCUGCACAUUGCAGCACUGAGAGCAGCUCUGAUGAGCCUCCAGCUGUUGAAGUGACAUCCUUCAAAGACUUUGUGGUCAUACAAAAGAGUCACAGGGGUGUAAAGACAGUACCAUAUUUACAAAGAAACUCAGAAUACCUUCUUUAUGAUGAACAUUUAAAACAAAGAAAUGAACAGAAUAAAGCACCCGCCUACAAAUGCAGAGGCUGCUUCACAAACCACGGCUCAGACGAUGAUCCGAAAGCUUCUGAAGUGUGGAUCAGAUGCAGCAACUGUAAGGCCUGCUACCACGAGUCUUGUGCAGAAGAGGAUGGGAUAUAUGAAUGGGUUUACGAUGGGGAUGGGGAUAAUCGAUAAAACUGAAGCGUGGAAAAAGAGAGUCAUUUGAGAACAAGAAAACAGAAAAUACAAUUUCUGAAAACACUGGACGUUUAUUCAGUCACAACAGUCUAGUGGUGUUCAGAUAAAAUGUGUGUGUUGAAAUAAAAAGUGGCGUUAGAAUAACAAGGAUUAAUGACUAAGGUACAUUAAACCUUUGACACAUCUUAAACAGCCACUAUUUAGACAAUAAUAAUAUAUUGUAUUUAAUUACUAAUUUUAUAAAUUAAUAAUACAUUAAGUUCGUAGUCAGUGUUUGAAUUAACUUGUAAAUUAUAACUACAAGCAGUAAAACAGUCAGUAAUCAGUAACACAUUAUAAGCAAUAAACAGAUUGUAUUAGUUUCAAACAAAAAAAUACACAAAAAUAGCUGUUUUUCCAGCAUUAGCAGGACUGUAUGUAUGGGAUGGAUGUUCGAUUCUUGAACGAAUCUGAGUCAGUUCUCAGGAAGUUGAACGGAUGGGUCUGGAAUACUGUACACAGCACUUGGUCAGUCACAUCUGGGUGGAAAUCAUCAAUAAGCAAUGACCUCUGCAAUAUCCUCAACUGAAGACCGAGUGUAGGACGUUUGCAUUUUGAUUGUCCUUCAAAGAAGAUUCUUUUCUCAAAGCUAUUAGUAUAAAGCACAAAUACUGAGCUAAUGAUGUAAACACUGCUCUGAACAUUCUGAAUUCUGAUCACAUCACAGCAGUGACAUCACAGUCACGUGUCACAUCCAGAGUUCCAUUAUUCAACAGUUAAACACAACUAAGGUGAUUUCAGUGUCAUAAUAUAAUAAAAGAUAGCAAUAUAAAGCAAAAGCGCAGAGGUGUAAAGAGUACCUAAAAAUCAUACUUUAGUAAAAGUACAGAUUCCUCACAGCAAAAAUUACUCCAGUACAAGUUACAAGCCACCAAUUUCAAAACAGCUUGAGUAGAAGUCUUAGAGUAUCUGAUAUUAACAGUACUUGAGUAUUUU